AUGGACAGUGACGCCCUCAACGCCAUGCAACAGGCUCUAUUCGCGCAAUUUAAUCACCACCAGGAGAAUCAGGAGAGCCAGGACGCCGUUCAAGAAAACACAAGUCCCGAAGCAGCAAUGCAAGAUCCACUCGAACAAGAACGUCAAUUUCUGCAAGACAAGAGAAAAUUUGAGAAGAGGCAGAAGGCUGGUAAAGUCACUCCAGAAGAAGAGCAGGAAUUCAUGAAGAAAGAGUCCGCCUACAACAAGAGAAAACGCGACUUGGCCGCCCUUCUAGCCGAUGAUGAGGACCCACUAUUCGAACCCGAAGCACCCCAGAAGAAGAAGGCCAAAACUUCCAAGUCACAGCCUCGCAAGGGAUAUCACACAGCACGCAGAUCCAAGCCUGCUAAGAUGUCGAAGCCUAAUCUCAUGGGUCAUCACGACUUCUGGGAGAAUGCUGAUGCUGCAGAGCAAAUGAACACAGAGCCUACUUAUGAGGAGAUCGAGAAGGGCGGCGGAGGUCGUGCCGCUGCCUUCAGGGGCCUCAGAGGUCGUGUGGGACGAGAGGCUGCGCGUUUCGACUUGAAACGACUGAAAUACGCAACGCAGUGUUUUACGAACAAGAGCGGAACCUCCAAGCACAAUAGAAGCACCACAUCCGUGAGGGGCGGAUGGAAAGUCAAAGGCAUGACCACUCCGCUCAAAGCCUACCAGACGAUCAACUGUGGCUGGAUGAGAGAUCGCGAAAUGGGUCCAGACGAGCUCAAAGGAGGCAUUAUUGCAGACCAGAUGGGUCUUGGCAAGACUGUGACCUGCAUUGCUAAUAUUGUCAACGGAAGGCCUCUGACAAGCUUUCCUCCUCAUCUGCAACCCGAAUCGCACACGACCCUAAUCGUUGUGCCCUCCAGCUUGCUUGGACAGUGGAAAAUUGAAUUAAGACGCCAUACCAGACGAGAGAACAGAAGAUCGGACUGGGGACUCGGAGACAUCCACAUAUUCAGGGACAGUCUAUCAGAAGAGCACGAGCCUCUACAUUUCCAAAGAGUCGACAUCGUUCUGACUACCUAUUACGAUGUGAGAAGAAGCUGGCCAGAAUGCGAAUUUCCCGAGGGUCUUGCCGAGGACGACAGAGCAGCCUUUUGGCUGGAGAACAUCCAGGAAAAGAGAGGACCCCUCCACAAGUAUAAGUUUCUUCGCAUUGUUCUUGACGAAGGACACCAAAUCGCGAAUCCUGAAACUCAAAUUGCUCAGGCAUGUUUCAACCUCGUUGCUGACUACAAGUGGGUGCUGACAGGCACACCAAUGAUAAAUGGGAGCAAAGACUUGUACAGCUUGUUGCAAUUUAUCGAACACCCUACAGUUCGUCAUAUGAAGUUCGAAUCGUUCAAGUCACGCUUCUGCAAUGUCAGAAACCCGAUGAGCCUUGACACUCUGAGCCAAGAGAUGGUUGACAGUGUUGCCUGCUUUACCCACAAAGACACGCUGUUUGACGCCAGGCUUAUUACCCUCCCAAAGCCUCACAACAGGUCUUUGAUACUCAACCCAACCAAGCUGGAGUGCGAGAUCUACAAUGUUGUUCGUGCCCGCUUCAAGGAAAGAGCACAAACACUCAAUGAGAAUGGAGAAACGAGAUCGAACAAAUUUCAUAUCUGGGCCAUGCACACCCUCCUGCGCCAAUUGACAGCCCACCCUCUGAUGGUGCCUAUCAAGGUUUGCGACUAUUUGGAACUGGACGAUUUUGAUAAACUCGAAAAGGCGGCUGCACGACAGUCUACCUCAGGUGACACUGCAAUCAGCACGAUCCAUGCCUUCAGAGACCUCAUGAGAAAACAGCGCACCAGAACCGAAGCACGAGAUGCAAACGGCAUCAAACUCGAUAUGAGAGCCUCGGCGCCCAUCGACGAGCUGGAUGAAGGCAUUGAUGAGGUUGAAGAACUAACGGCACCCAAGAUCAUCAAGAAAAACAAAAGUAAGACAGGCACUGGCCAAGGGCAUGGCAAGAAAGUUGCCUAUGAGAGCUACAUCGAAUCGUUCAAGCGCAGUGCAAAUUUCCAUGUCUCGAAUGAACGAUCGCAAUGUUGCAGGUGUGGUCGCAACGACCAUCCGGUCAUGACCUCAUGCUACCACUUCUACUGCCACACCCAUCUCGAGGACCUCAUGCAUGACGCUGCCCGUCUCAAUCACGACUAUGCAAUCUGCAUCAAACCAGGUUGUGGAAAGCAGAUUACCAGGUCAUCGAUAAUUGAUCCGCAAGCCGCUAUCAAGCCCAAAUGGCUCGAUGCAGAUGGCAAUGUCCUUCCUUCCACCAAGACUCUUGCUGUGAAGGCCCAGAUCCUGAAUUGGCUCGACCCCAAGAGCGGUGGUGACCCGAAUGCGAAAUGCAUCGUCUUCUGCCAGUGGAGAAACUUCUUGGGCAUGCUCACCAGAAUCUGUGAGACUGAGAAAUGGGAAUAUGUUACUCUCCACGGUAGCAUGAGCAAGAAGACCCGCGACGCCAACAUCGACAAAUUCAAGAAUAUCCCAAAGAUCAAGAUCCUGAUCGCGACAUUGAAGACUGGAGGCCAAGGUCUCAACUUGACCUGCGCGAGAUAUGUUCUCAACGUCGACCCUUACUGGAACACUGCUGGUGAAAUUCAAGCCUUUUCGAGGGUUUACCGUAUAGGCCAAGAAAACGAGACUGAGUUUGUCAACUUGACACUUGCAGGCACAGUUGAUGAGCACAUGAACGACAUCAAGGAGCGCAAGAAGAAGGAGAUUGAUCAGGUAAACGCAGGUCACAAGAAGCUAACCAUGGACGAUUUGCUCAAGACCUUUGAGCCCGUUGACAGCGAGGAGAGUGCUUCAGAAUAA